AGGGAAGUUGAAUUUUCGACGCAAAAAAAGGGAGGAAUGUAAAUUACCCCUGAUUCUUGCAGCAAAGCGUACCUAUAUAAGUGCAUAUCCGUCGCAUUAAGACAUAAUAAAAUAUGUGCAUGUAGCGUCAUAAGUCGUCUGGAUGGUUCCACAUUGUCUAAUUGUAAUAUGCACAACUUCUAGAAAUUCUGAGAACGAACGCUGAAUGAUGACUUCAAUUAUUGACUUCUGUUAUUUUCCGUUGUUCAACUAGAAAGUCAACUUUCUAGUAUAUAAGUUAUUGCAACAACUGAUUACAAUUUACAUGCAGAAUUAUUUCACCAUGAGGAAGUCGGUUAUGAGUGCACAGAAAUGGAACGAGAAGGGUGUCGAUGAGCAUGAAAAAGACAAUUUGUCAGAAGCAUUAAGUCACUACACGAACGCACUGAAACUAGAAAAGAAAGAUCUUGAAAAAGGACUCUACUACAGAAAUCGAGCUGCUGUAUAUUCAGACCUGAGCGAUUACGAAAAAGUGAUUGAAGACUGCAACAGUGCGUUAAAGCUAUGUUGUAACGACGCAUUGUAUCACAGAUGUCUAGCACUAAAAGCAUUAGAAAAAUUCGAGGAGGCAUAUCGGGAUGCAGAGACAAUUAUUUCAUCUGAUCCCAAUAACAAAGCUUUUCAACGCUUAGCGAGACGCUUGCUUAAAAUUGUACAAGAAUGUAAGGAAAACUCACAUACUAGUCCUAAGGUAUCAGAAAUGCUGGAUCUAGCAUUUGACGUGAACUCAAGUGAAAAGGAACGUGAAAUUGCUAUGAAUAAUUUGCUUGUGCUCGCACGUGACGAAACUGGUGCCGAGGAGAUCUUCAAAAAGGAAGGUGUAUCCAAAAUCGUUCAACUUGUGAAAGAAGAAAAGAACGAGGGAGUGAUCUGCAGCGCGAUUCGUAUUGUAGGCGAGUUAUGCGAAAACAAUUUCAGUCGAACUAAGUUCGUUAUGAAACACGUCGGUCUGCCUUGGUGUCUGGAACUAAUGAACAGCACAUCUACAGAGAGAGUUAACGCGUCUCAAUAUUGUUUACAGGCUGAAUUACAACAGGAUAUAAUAAAUAGUCAUGAUGAUAAACAUCAGGCAGAAUUGCAGAUACUUCGCUCUCAAUUAUUAAAAAUGACCAAGGAAAAAGAGCGAGAAGUUUCAAUGCAGGAAGUAGAAGAAAUGAAUAAACUCUGA